GAGCCCCGCGCGGGCAGGUGCGGCGGCGGGCGAGGCCGCUGCCCUGCGGCGGGUCGGCGUCCCGAGACCUCUUCAAUGGAAGUAUGCUGCCAGCUGCCGGUGCUGCCCCUCGACAGGCCGGUGCCGCAGCACGUCCUCAGCCGCCGUGGGGCCAUCAGCUUCAGCUCCAGCUCCGCGCUCUUCGGCUGCCCCAACCCCCGGCAGCUCUCGCAGAGACGUGGAGCCAUUUCCUAUGACAGCUCCGAUCAGACUGCGCUGUACAUUCGUAUGCUAGGCUCUUGUGUAAUAUUCAAACAGCUGAGCACAAGAGAUGUGCGAGUAAGAAGUCGGGCAGGAUUUGAAACAGAGAGAAGAGGUUCUCAUCCAUACAUUGAUUUCCGUAUUUUUCACUCAAAUUCUGAAAUUGAGGUGUCUGUGUCUGCGAGAAAUGUGAGAAGGUUGCUUAGUUUCCAGCGCUACCUGAGAUCUUCCCGUUUUUUCCGUGGUAUCACUGUUCCAAAUUCUUCAAACAUUUUAGAUGAUGAUUAUAAUGGACAAGCAAAGUGUAUGUUGGAGAAGGUUGGAAACUGGAAUUUCGAUAUCUUUCUUUUUGAUAGACUGACAAAUGGAAACAGUCUAGUCAGCUUAACCUUUCAUCUGUUUAAUCUUCAUGGACUAAUUGAACACUUCCAGUUAGAUACGAUGAAACUCCGUAGAUUUUUGGUUAUGGUUCAAGAAGAUUAUCACAGUCAAAACCCUUAUCAUAAUGCAGUUCAUGCUGCUGAUGUGACUCAGGCCAUGCACUGUUACUUAAAAGAGCCUAAGCUGUCCGAAUCUUUAACUCCGUGGGAUGUUCUGCUCAGUUUAAUUGCAGCUGCCACACACGAUUUGGAUCACCCAGGCGUUAACCAACCUUUCCUAAUUAAAACAAACCAUUACUUAGCAACUUUGUAUAAGAAUACCUCAGUACUGGAGAACCAUCACUGGCGAUCCGCAGUGGGGUUGCUGAGAGAGUCUGGUUUAUUUGCACAUAUGUCCUUAGAAAACAGGCAGCUGAUGGAAAGCCAGAUAGGUGAUCUCAUUCUUGCCACAGACAUCAGUCAGCAAAAUGAGUAUCUGUCCAUGUUCCGAUCCCACCUGGACAGAGGAGACCUAUGUUUAGAGGACGCAAACCACCGUCACUUCAUUUUACAGAUGGCUUUGAAGUGUGCUGAUAUUUGUAAUCCCUGUCGGACUUGGGAGCUGAGUAAGCAGUGGAGUGAAAAAGUAACGGAGGAGUUCUUCCAUCAAGGAGAUAUUGAAAAAAAAUAUCACUUGGGUGUGAGUCCACUUUGUGACCGACAGACAGAGACCAUUGCCAACAUCCAGAUUGGCUUCAUGACCUACCUGGUGGAGCCACUGUUUGCAGAGUGGGCCCGGUUCUCCAACACGCGGCUGUCGCAGACGAUGCUCGGCCACCUGGGACUGAACAAAGCGAGCUGGAAGGGGGUGCAGAGAGAACAGUCCGGCGGCGGGGAGGACACUGACCCUGCCUUCGAGGAGAUGGACUCAGACAUAUUACCUCAGGAACCUCGAUUGUCCUGACCUCAGCCCUCAUGACAAAACUGCCUCUUCUCUCGGUGUCUGCACAGCUGGAUUAAAGGAGAUACCUGCCCGCCCGAGGUCUUGGUAAAAUGAUGCCAGCAUUAUUUAUUUCCAAGUUUUCCUUCAACACAGACAGUUGAACCUGACGUUUCUUUUUAUAACUGCGAGAUCUGAACAUAGAGCAAUAUGCAUCCGCCUCAGUUGGUUUUUGUUCGGAACCUUGAAUAUGCAAAGCACAGUGGUGACCAAGCCUUGGAGGAACAGUGCGAAGGCUUCAUUGUGCCACAGCUUUUGGUUCUCCUGGGUGAAAUCUGAAACGCAGUCUUUGAAUCGUUAAGACUUGAGAUGGAUCGUUCCACUUCCUUGGAAUUUAGCGAGACUUGCAUGAAUGUGUUCAAAGCGUACCUUCCACUCAGCCCCUGUUUUAAUACGGAAAUGUGAAGUGCCCAUCCUCUGCCGCCUCCGGCAAGACUUGAUGUUUACAAACGUACUCUGAAACUGCGGGUUCUAGACUUUAACCUUUGCGCAUGGCUGUGAAGGAACCACUAACCUGGGGUUUUUUUUGCUUUUUUUUUCUUUUUUUUAAAAGAAAAAGAUCAAAUCUGAGACUGCAGCUCUUGUUUAUUUUGGAUGCCGGAAAAGCCUCCCAUUUGCCAUAAUUUUGUUUGUGCACUGGGAACUGAGCGUUCAUCAUAGAGCACAGCCAAGCUUUACUCCAGUGCUGUAUGGGAAUGCGGUUUUUAUAAAGCAGAAAACACUUCAGAAUUGGGAUGGGGUGGGAGAAAUGGGGGGAGGGAAUGGGGGGGAAGGGGGGGUGUCUGAACUGCAUUGCGAUUCUGCAGUGAAAACAUCGCAUGUUGUUUUCACUAUUGUACACUUGAACUGCACAUGCAAGAGGAAAACAAAACAAAAAAGGUGGAAUGUCUCAACACCAUCAUCAGCUCAGGGUAUUUGCCAAUCUGAAAUAAAGCGGGAUGGGAAAGCGUGUCCUUCACAAACAAGGGUACAGAUGCCCCUUUGCUGCAGUGUGUGUAUGUGUGGGUGCGUGAGUCUUUGGGGGGGUGGGUGGGAGGGGAGGGAGGGGGGUGGGAGGGACCGAUCGGGCAGGGUUUGAAAGGCAGCAUUUUUCUUCUUCUUCUUAAUUUAUUCUUUUAGAAUGUGACAGUUUGACGGACAGCCACAUCGGGGAGGGAGCUGUAACGGAUCGCUACAGAUGCCUUAAACUAUGCACAAAAAAAUAAAGCUACGCGACCAAAUUUGUUUGCGAUUUGAAAGGGGAGAAAAAAGAAAAUUAAAGAACAAAACAACAACAAAACAUCCCCCCCCCGAACAAAACAAAACCCCCCAACCAAGUGCAUUUGUUUACCUGUUCCUCCCCUCCGCUGAAACGGCGCCCUUUGGUGGGGUUUGGGUGGGAGAAGGAGAAAAACCGGUUGGUUGGAUGGUUGGUUGGUUGGUUGGUUUGUUUGCUUGUUUGGUUUCUGUUGUUUUUAUUUUUUUAAGGACAAACCGAAAGGACUGAUUUUAAACUGCCAACAUUCCAUUUUUGUAGUUCGUUUUUGACGUGGUUUUCAGUCCGGUAAGCACAACCGUCAGCUGAUUGGAGAAACUGGUGCUUUCUUUCAGUUUGUUUGUAUUCCCCCCCUGUUGUUGUUCCUGUAAAAAAGACUGUUGAUCGAUUCUGUUUACAGUUUGUCGCAACAGCCAUUUCUGGGAGAGAGCUUCAGCAUAAAGCCCUUUGUAAGGCUUGGCCGCGGUCAUUUCAAUACGUGCCUGUUGCUGUUAACUUUUAAUUGAUGACAAAGAGCUUUUUUGCAUUCUGCUCCCGUACGUUUAAGUUACGACCGAGUCCAGCAGUACGGAAAGGCAGCGAAGGCUGCAGUCGGCUUCCACUGUACGCUGAGCCCAGCUUUGGAUUUGGAAACGGUCCUCAGAUUCCGGGAUUUAUUGGCUUGGCCUCUUACCGUAUGGAAAACAACUUCUGACUUGCCUGUUCGUUUCCCUUCCAAAAUUAAGUUGUUGGUUAUUCUUUCAUGUUCCCUGAAGUAAUACUGUAAUUCUCGAGGUGGCCAUGUUUAAAGAAAUAAAUUUGUAAUGAAACCAUU